CCAGGGGCGGACUGACCAUUUGGAAACUCGGGCACUGCCCGAGGGCCCGGGGUCAGUAGUGGGCCCCAUGAGAUGCCCCUGGUACCUUUUUCAUAGGCUUUUUUUGAGUUUGGGCAGGGACACAGGGGCUCCAUGAUCCCCUAUUGCCCGGGGGCCCCAUGAGUUGUCAGUCCACCCCUGGUCCGCCCCUGCUCAGUGCCGACUAUCAGUGGCACCUAUUAGUGCCGCCUAUCCGUGCCCAUCAGUGCUGCCUAUCAGUG